AUGGAUGUCGGAAGAUUGACAAGCGAGUCUUCUCUACCCCCGCCGAAGCAUUUCACCAUCCUCGCCAAGCGAAUGAGUCUCACAGCACAAGAGGCUCUCCUCCUCUUGGACAUCGACCGCGCGCUACAGCGAACAGACACGGGCAAUUUUUACGACUUCACGGGCGUGUACCUGAGCACGAAUGACCGCGGUCAUCAUAUAUAUCCUCCUGGAUGCAACCCUUCCUUCGGGGUAGCCCUUGCCACAUUAGGGUAUUUUGUAGCUGUCAAGGCUCGAAGCUUGGCUAUCUGGGGUGUCUGCGAAACACUCCCCGCCAACACACACGUCGACGUCGACGCAAGCCUCCGCGUGCCGAUGGUUGAUACAUAUGAGGACCUCGUUGGUGCUGCAUACUUCCACAACGCCGCGCUGGUUUUACAGAAGAAGGAAAAGGUCUUGGUCGUAUGGGCAAAUUCAGCGGAUUAUAUUGCAGAAACCUUUCGAUCGAUCGAACAUCGCCUUCGGCACUUUUCAAGGCUUUGUAGUUGCGGAUGGACCACAGGCAUGCUUGAGCGAGUACACGCAUUAGAAUCACACUCGGACUACGCCCCCGACCUUAGCGAUGGCACUCAACCGGACUGGGCUUACUCGCUCCGGUCGGAGUGUUCUGAUGUAUCGCGCCCAGAGGACAAGAGCCUGUCAGAUUUGACCUUAGUCAUUGCGGAAUUCGAAGAGACGUUCGUGGGGGGUAAUAUGUUCUCGGAGAAAAUUCAAUCUCGCGUCGAGCACACGCACUCGCACUCUCCAAUUUGUUCCGUCCUACCAGGUCUCGAUCCGGGACGUGACACCCAGAAACUUCAGCUCGCUGCGAAAGGGAGCAUAACACAAGAUAAAGCAGCUGAAGCCUUUAACGCAGCUCAUCCGAGUCUGCAGGAGCUGCCAAUGAGCAGCAUCAAGUCAAGCACGAUACACGCUGAGCAUCCAGGAAGCGAGAAUGGACAGCCGCGUGAAGACAAUACGCCAAAGGCAGCUGUCGAUAUGCAUAGGAGAGAGAAGAGCUUGUCGCCUACACCCACCACGCGCAGGUCAUUCCGACCUUCGCCGAUACAACAACCUCACAUUACCACCGCAAUGUCGGCACUAGAAAUUUCCACCCCUACGCUCAAUCCGCCACCCGGGCGAAACAUCACUCCAAAUGACGGUGUCGCGCCCUCCUUCUCGUUUUCAUUCAACGGAACAGAGCAUGUUCCCCGUGCUACCACGUCCGGCUUACGCUUGAUAAGCCGACCACCGGUAAGCACUGAGCACGGGAACACGUGUCAAAGAUACAGCGACGAGAACAAAGGUGAUAUGGAUGAGGUGAUGAGCGGUAGUAGCCUUGGCGAGGAAGACGAUGAAGAUGAUGGAGAGUACGACGACGACGACGACUAUGUUGAAAGAGAGAAGGCGACGCAACAAAAGAGUAAAGAGCGACAAGGCCGGGCCGUCUCGGCCGCGACCUCUACUGAGCUGCGGACUGCUACCGCGACCAACUUGCAGCCGCAUGUCUGUUCUGUAUGUGGGCAUCGUCUCUCGCGGUACGACGCGCUGCAGCGUCACAUGCGGACACGCCACAGAGGUUGGCAAGGUAUUGACAGUGGCGAUGAGGAUUGGGAUGACUGA